GAAGAAACUAGCUGAAUGUAUGACUCCAGUGAGCCAGUUCUCCAGAGACAGCACUCAUCCUCUUUGGAAACUUCUCAGCAAUGGAGCUGCGUUUGAGCCAACUUCAGAGCUCAGGGACACUCAUGCUGCUGGUGUUGUUGAACCUGCUCCUGUGGGAGAAAGCUGCAUCAAUUCCCGAGUGUCACACCGAAGUUGGGGGCUGCUGGGAGCCCCUUGUGGAAACCUUUAACAGUGCCAUCAACCGAGCUCAAAUCAUCCGUAAUCUUGUUGAUCAAAUCCAUCACGAGUUUUUCCACAAUGAAUUCUCUUCCGGAUCAUUUGGAACUAUGCUUGCACAAUUGAUGAGGAGGAAUCCUACCGUUUACAGGGCAAGAACACACUGCCACGCUAAUAUCACGAACCCUCCAGUUCAUGGAACUGAACACAUAAAUAUAAGAACCAAAAAAUAUUUAAAAAUGUUGAUCAAUUAUGUGGGUGCCUGGAGCAGCCCUCUAUUCCAUCUAACGAUUGAAUUGAGUGCCAUGCCAGAUGUCCCUGAAACUAUCCUUUCAAAAGCCAAUGAGAUUGAAAAGAACAACAAAGAACUCCUGGAUGACCUUAGGUGGAUACUCACCCAGACCUAUCCUACAGCAAAGAUAAAGGAAAAAUUCCCCACCUGGGAACAUCUUCCAUUCAUAAAAUCAAAUAACAACGAUGAUAAAUUUCUGGCGAUGUUUAACCUUUGCUUCUGCCUACGCAAUAAUAUAUUCCACACUGUAAAUCAUCUCAAAACAUUGAAGUGUCGAAUAACUGGGAAAGAUUGCUAAGAGCUCAUCACCCUGUCAGCUUUGGAGAUGGUUUGUGACAGUCUAUUGCUGAGAAAAUUCUUUUAAUUUUAUACCUUGUGAAUGCAUGUGUGGGUAUAAUGGGCCACUUUGUAAAAAAUAAAAAUGUUCUCAUUAAAGAUGUUCAAACCUAAAAA